GAAAUCUAACAGUUCGCAAGUGUACCGAGCAAGAGGACAGUAGGGCCGAGGUCAGCAGACGGCAGGCAAGAAGCUGGACGGGCGAAUCUGAAUUUCAAUGGUCUGCGAUAAGUGCCAGAAGAAACUGACGAAGGUAAUUGUGCCAGACAAAUGGAAGGAAGGCGCCAGCAACACAACUGAAGGUGGUGGGCGGAAGAUCAAUGAGAACAAAUUGCUUAGUAAGAAAAAGAGAUGGACUCCAUAUGGUGUAACUAAGUGUGUUAUCUGCAAACAGCAACUUCAUCAAGAAGCUAAAUAUUGUCAAUCUUGUGCAUAUAAGAAAGGAGUGUGUGCAAUGUGUGGUAAACAAGUAUUGGAUACCACCUCUUAUAAGCAGAGUAACGUCUGAUUCAUCGAGUAUGAGGCUUAGGUCUCUGUUUCAGAAAUGUAAAUAUCAAUCUCUUAUCAUCACCAAACUUCGCCCAUGAGGCGUAGACCAGACAUCUGUAUUUGCAGAUCAUAAAAUCUCAUAGAAAAACGAUUCAACAAGGACGUCCUCAACAUAUGUCAAUAAUCUUCUUUAAUGUUUGUAUCCACAAGUGAAAUUUCGCUUUGUUUGC